UUUCGCCAGUCUCCAACACUGACUCAGUUCAUGCCAUGAUCCAGUCAUCAUCGCCACCCCACCAUCGACUUCCUAGGUCAUCAUGGGUGUCCAUGGGCUCUGGACGGUGGUGCAGCCGUGCGCCCGCCCGAUCAAGCUAGAGACCCUCAAUAAGAAACGGCUGGCGGUGGAUGCUUCCAUCUGGAUCUACCAGUUCCUCAAGGCUGUACGCGAUAAAGAAGGAAAUGCGCUGCGAAACGCGCACAUCGUCGGCUUCUUCCGCCGCGUUUGCAAGCUGCUCUACUUUGGCAUCAAGCCGGUAUUCGUCUUCGACGGUGACGCGCCGCUCCUGAAGCGGCAGACCAUCGCGGGGCGGAAGAAACGCCGCGAGGGGCGUCGCGAGGAUGCCGUGCGCACGGCGGGGAAGCUGCUGGCGGUGCAGUUGCAGCGUUCGGCCGAGGAGGAAGCCGCCCGUCGCAAGAAUGCCCCGCGCCACCAGCAGGAGGAAGCCGUUCCGGAUAAUCCGGUCUACGUCGAGGAGACCUUCAUGACGGAGCAGGAGAAGAAACAGUCUCGCUUGUUUCGGAAGAAGGAUGCCUACCAUCUGCCUGACAUGCAGGUCUCCCUGGAGGAGAUGGGCGCUCCGAAUGACCCGCGCAUCAUGUCGCGCGAGGAGCUGGAGGAAUACGCGAGGCGGUUUCACCAGGGGGAGGAUAUUAAUCUGUACGAUUUCUCUAAGAUCGACUUCGAUAGCCCUUUUUUCAUGAGUCUUCCGGCUACGGAUCGGUACAAUAUCCUGAAUGCCGCGAGACUCCGGAGCCGACUGCGCAUGGGAUAUUCCAAAGAGCAGUUGGAUCAGAUGUUUCCAGAUCGCAUGGCAUUCUCCAAGUUCCAGAUUGAGCGUGUCAAGGAGCGGAAUGAUCUGACGCAGCGUUUGAUGAACCUCAACGGGAUGAACGGCGAAGACGCCUUUUUCAACUCUGGCCAGAGAAUUGCCGGAGAGCGUGGCAAGGAAUAUGUUCUGGUAAAGGACAGCACGAUCGAAGGUGGUUGGGUAUUGGGUGUUGUAGGGAACAAAGAGGAAGGCCGCGAACAUAAGCCGAUUGAUGUUGACCAGUACGGCGAGCGAGCAGUCUUACCGGAUCAAAAAGCAGAAUCUGACGACGAUGAUGACUUUGAAGAUGUGCCUGUCGAGGGUCUCAAUAGACUUCCUAGGCUACCUUUUCUACGGCAGGGCGCCUUGGAUGAAUCUAUCCGAGAACAGCUACAUCAGACGUCGAGCCAAGACCUACAUGGAGAAGCAGAAGAUGAUUCUCUCUUUGUGCGGGACGAAGCCAGCAUCCACGCCCGUGAUGUUGGUCUAUUCAGCGAGCUAGGCGAUAACGAAGAUGAUGAUCUUCAAAAGGCUAUACAAAUGUCUCUAGAGCCUACGGUGGCAGCCGAGCAAAAUGACAAAGAUAUGCCUGAUAUACCGGUCAACCGGGAUGUCGCUCCUCUGCCGGAGCCGGACGAGCUACCAUCGACCCUCGAUUCGGGCAGUGAAGAUGAUUUCGACUUCACGGCGGCUUUGGCACAGUCCCGUAGGACGAAGAAGGAACCGUCCCACGCCGCUAAAAACAACCCGUUCGAUGGACCCCUGCCUUUUGAGUCCAUCAAGCUGGGCCAGCCCGAUAAACCUCGGGAAUCUGCAGAGGUCGACCAAAGUGCGGGUGGCUUUGUCAAGGAGUCGGCUCAACCACCUAAAGAGGAUCCAUCACUACCUCCAUGGUUUUCUGGCGCACAAUCAGACACCGAAUUCGUGGCUGAUAAAGUUGAUGACUCAAUGGAAACUCGACACAGCAGGAUCGCUUUGGAUCAUUCAUUCGUGGAUAUUGAUCGGUCUGAUGAUGUUAUUGGUGGUAACAAACCAUCUAGGUCGACGGAAAUAAUCGACCUAGAGUCUGAUGAUAACAAAGAGAUCGAAACUGCACCGUCUCCGACAGAAAUGAAGAAUGAAGGACGUGUUCCCGACGUGGGGCCUGUUACCGACGUGGAGCCACCUGUGACCCAGCCAGAAAGGCCAGAAAUCGUAACAAAAUCCCCCAGCAGAGACGAGUUCGUGGGUGACGUGGCUGCUGAAGCUCCCCAAUUGAAGGUGGAUGAGCCCCGGGUCGAUUCCCUGGCGGAAAUAGCCCACGAGCCUUCUCCGUCUCCGGAGUUCGAGGACGUGGCCAUCCCGCCACCAGAUGUGGUAGACCCCGUUCCUGCGACGACAUCCCAGCCACCGGAGCCGAUAGACGUUGACCAGGCGGACGCUCUCAUGGAGGAUGAAUUUUCGGAUCCCGAAGACGAGGACCUCCUUCGCCAACUGGCCGCCGAGGGAGAAGAACAUGUUCGCUUUGCCGCCACACUAAACUCGGCGGCCCCCGUGGAGCAGCCAUUUGACUACGAGCAGGAGCUGAAGCAGCUCCGGUCACAGCAGAAGAAAGAUCGCCGGGACGCAGACGAGGUGUCACAGAUCAUGGUCACCGAGUGUCAGCAGCUCUUGGCCCUUUUUGGGCUACCAUACAUUACAGCGCCCAUGGAGGCCGAGGCGCAGUGUGCCGAGCUGGUGUCGCUCGGUUUAGUCGACGGGGUCAUCACCGACGACAGCGAUAUCUUCCUGUUUGGGGGCACGCGUGUCUACAAGAACAUGUUCAACCAGAGCAAAUUUGUCGAGUGCUACCUCACUUCCGACCUUGAGAAGGAGUAUGCCCUCCACCGGCAGAAGCUCAUCAGCUUUGCGCAUCUCCUAGGGAGCGACUACACCGAAGGCAUCCCGGGGAUCGGCCCCGUUACUGCCCUAGAAAUCAUCACCGAGUUCCCGAGUCUCGAGGACUUCCGCGAGUGGUGGACACGGGUCCAGACAGGGGCCACCAUGUCGGAGGACGCGCACGCUGCCUUCUACAAGCGAUUCAAGAAAAACGCCGCGAAGAUCUUCCUUCCACCCGCGUUUCCAGACACGCGGGUCGAACAGGCGUACCUCCAUCCGGAGGUGGACGCGGAUCCGUCCUCCUUCCAAUGGGGCGUCCCCGACCUCCACGGUCUCCGGAACUUCCUCAUGUCGACGAUCGGAUGGAGCCAGGAGCGGACGGACGAGGUCCUCGUGCCGGUCAUCCGGGACAUGAAUCAGCGGGAGCAAGAAGGCACGCAGUCGAACAUCACCGCCUUCUUCAGCGGUCCACAGGGGGCGGGCGCCUUUGCGCCGCGUGCGCGCGGGGGAGGACCCAGUCGGAUGCAGAAGGCGCUCAGUCGACUUCGACGGGACGCCGAGGCUGGGCGGAAAACUCCCUCCGAGUCUGACCCACCUGCGGAGACGAAUAGUGAUCUAGAACAACACGGCGUCAACAGAGAUGUCUAG